AAAGAACACUUUCCUGAUCUGACUGAUUCUAUUGCAUCUCCGCGUGUAGAGUUUUUGACAUUCUCAUUCUCAUGUAACACUUUCUGCAAGUCACACACAUGCAAAACACUAUUUUUUCCAUUUUCUAUAUUCAAAACAACCCAUUUUAUGGGACUCGCGGGUCACACUUUGUCUCAUUUCAUAUUCAUACCAAACGGGUUCAUGGGUUUAGGGAACUAAUAAAUAUUCAACGAGUCAAGAUUUUCUACAAUGUGUCCAUCACGUAUUUGAAAGUAUCUUUCACAACUUGUGCCUUAUAAAAGAAGAGGGAAGUGACCAUUUCAAUAACUAAAUCUCAGGUGAUAUCUUUAAAGAAGCAAGAGGAAUGCAAACGGUAACGAUUAGACCCGUCGACUAUAAGUCAAAGGAAGGUGAAAUCACAUUGAGAACAAUGAGCUUCGAGAAGAGAAGAAAUUUUGAAGACUUGGAUGAGGUUAUUGCUGAAGAAACUGCAUGCUCAAAGAAAAGGAAAGUGGGAAAUCUGAAGCUGCAAACUACAUUCUCAUUCAAAUAUCUGCUAGAAGAUAAUUCUGGCUCAAAGGAGGGUGUUGUUGAUUUGUUCAAUGAACAAAGCUCCACAAUUCUGCUUCCUAAACCAGAAAUUUUGUUUUCACCAAAGUCCAUUGGGGAGCUUGAUGUAGCUGCAAUAAAGCUGCAGAAAGUUUACAAGAGCUACCGGACUAGAAGAAAUCUUGCAGAUUGUGCUGUUGUUUGUGAGGAGCUAUGGUGGAAAGCUUUAGACUUUGCUUCUCUUAGCCGGUGCUCUAUUUCACAUUUUGACUCAGUUAAAUCAGAAACAGCACUUGCAAAAUGGGCAAGAGCUAGAACAAUGGCUGCUAAGGUGGGAAAAGGUUUGUCUAAAGAUGAUAAGGCUCAGAAAUUAGCUCUAAGGCACUGGCUUGAAGCUAUUGAUCCGCGUCAUCGUUAUGGACACAACUUGCACUUCUACUAUGAUGUCUGGUUUCAUAGCCAGAGUUCACAACCUUUUUUCUACUGGUUGGAUGUUGGAGAUGGGAAAGAAGUGAAUCUUGAUCAGGUGUGCGCGAGAAGUGUAUUACAGAGGCAAUGCAUUAAGUACCUUGGAACUAAAGAAAGAGAAGCUUAUGAAGUGGUUAUAGAGGGAGGAAGGCUCAUUUAUAGAAAAAGCAAGGACCAUGUACACACUGCUGAGGGAUCUAAGUGGAUUUUUGUUCUUAGCUCAUCUAGAAUUUUGUACGUUGGGGAGAAGAUAAAAGGCCAAUUUCAGCAUUCAAGUUUCCUAGCUGGAGGUGCUACAAUUUCAUCUGGAAGAUUGGUUGCCCAAAAUGGAGUUCUUCAUGCUAUAUGGCCCUAUAGCGGUCACUACUGUCCUACAAAGAAGAAUUUUAUGGAAUUCAUUAGCUUCUUGAUGGAACACAAUGUGGACUUAACAAAUGUUAAGAAGUAUGCGGUUGAUGAUGAUGUCCCACCUUCAAAACCGGUUGACGAGGAGCUGCAGUUUGAGUCCACAGAGGCGAAUAAUGCAGCUUCCAGUGACUCUGCCAAAAAUAGCAGUCAAGACAAUGUAGGAGGAAGGUCACAGAUUAAAGAGAGAAAGCCAUUGUCAAGCAAAUGGACCACUGGGGUUGGUCCUAGGAUUGGUUGUGUGAGAGAGUACCCAGCAAAACUCCAAGUUAAGGCACUUGAACAGCUCAAUCUAUCACCUAGAGUCCACCAUGGAAAAGUUGCUCCCAGGACACCCAUACCCUCUCCAAGGCCUAGUCCAAAAAUCCACCUGUCCCCUAGGCUUGCUGUGCAAAUGGGAAUCACUAGCCCAAAAGUUCAUGUUACCCCUGCAAAUUAGUGCAUGUUUGAAAACCCUUUUUCAAUUAACCAAAAUCAAUUGUAGGGAAAAAUAAAUUGUGAGUAGUUUCCGAGUUUCAAAACGGAUCAAAAAAUGCUCCCAAAAUCACAUACCUACUCAGGGUGAGUUGUGAGGCAACAAGGUACUUGAGCCUAUAAUUUAGACCAUUAGUAUAGAAUAUAGGAUAAAGGUCAUGAUGACACACAAGAUCUAACCCAUGGUUUAUUUUUUCAUUCAGUUUGUUCUUGGCCAAUUCUUUUGGUCAUUUAGCUUCCAAUAACUCAUUUUUUUCUCUCCCCAAAUGUUUACCCAACUUGUAAUUUGGGAGUUGGGUCAAUAUUCCACACUUGUAAGUCAAAUAAUAUAAAUAAGAAAACUUGUUUUUUCUCA